GGUCAAUGAAAAAACAAACUGAAAAAUUCUGCUGCCGUCAAUUUAUCCGAAUUUUCGACUUCCACAUUCACUUUUUUUCUCAGUCGCAAAAAAUACGUUUAGUUUUUUUUUGACAUACCAUUCUUGAGGAAUUUUCAUCUACAUUUUUUUUGUUUCAUCAUCAACAGUAUAGAUUCAUUUGCAGAAUCAAUCAGUGUUUUUUUCUUUUCUUUACAAUAAUUUUUGUGUUCAUCAAAUAUUUUAUUGAACUGUCAAUUAUCAUACAUAAUGACAUAGAACAGCGUUCAACAAUAAUUUUUCAUCUAAUACUUUAGAAUAAUAUUUUCAUUUUGUUCAUCAUAUUGAUCGAUCCAAAAAUUUUUUGUACAAAAUGUCCGUCUGGAGUCGAAUCCUAUCGUUACCUGAAGAUCAACAGCGGCAAUUAUUCUCCAUAUAUAAUCAAAAUCUACCUAUAGAGAUUCGAAUGCAAUUGGCUGAUUGGAUUGAACAACAGAAUUGGCAAUAUUUCGUUGAAAAUGAUACAAUGAUGAAAUGUGAACUAAUACAACGGUUCAGUAUAGAGAUUAAAAAUCUUAUUGAAAUGUCCAAUGAUGUAGCCUAUCGUUACAAGCUAGUAAAUUAUUGGAAUAUGAUUACCAAUUCGAAUGCCGAUAUUCAUGCAAUCAUCAAGAACAUUCAUGAUUGUCUUUCAUAUGAAAAAGAAUUUAUUCGAUGUAAUAAUCAAGAGUCGGUUCCAUUUCCCCAAGUGAAUUUAUUCGAUAAUUUUCAAAAGCUUAACCAAAUGAAUGUUGUCAUUAAGGAUAAAAUUGGAGAAACAGAAACAUUAUUCAAAAAUAUUAAAUCACUCAAGGAAACAUUCAAUAUUAAACAAUUAGAGAUAAGCAAUUUCGAUAACCAAAAAUUCAACAACAAUAAUAAUCCAAAUGAUAAUGCUAUAAAGAUGCGUUUCAUGGAAAAUGUUAAUUCUUUACAUUUACAAUAUCAAACACAUAUGAAUGAUUUGAUUAAUAAAUAUCGAGAUAUCAUUGUUAAAUUGCAAGAAAUGUCUUUGCUUUUGUUCAAUGAAUUGGAUAUAUGGAAGCAACAACAGAAAAGUAAAAUGGACUCAUCUGAAACAUAUUUACAGCUUAAAAAUCUAUCUGAAAAGAUGGCAUCAAAUCUGGGCAAUCUUUUACAGCAAUUAAAAUUUAUCGAUGCUCUCGUAUCAAAUGAUUCGACACAAGAAGAUGCCAUGAUCAUUGCGCAAUUCAUCGAAAUAAAGAAACAUACAACAUUAUUGUUUAAAAAUUUGAUAAGUGAAACAUUUAUUGUCAAAAAUCAACCGAAACAGGUGAUAAAAAAGGAAACUAAAUUUAAUGCUACGGUAACUAUGUUGGCCGGUAGCGAAUUAAACGUUCAUAUGAACAGCUUGGUUGUACGUGUGCAGAUUAUCAAUGAAGAACAGGCAAAAAUUUGGAACUCUGAUCAUGAAAAAUUUCAUCUUAGUUCUUGUUGUGGUGAAAUAGUCAACAAUACCACUGUGAUGGAGUAUAAUUCGGCUACAAAUACGUUGAGUGCCAAUUUUAUAAAUUUGCGAUUAAAAUCCAUCAAACGAGCUGAAAAAAAGGCUUCAAUCGACAAAGUUGUGGACGAAAAAUUUGCUCUAUUAUUUUUGACUGAAAUAUUUCUCGAGAGCGAUAUAAAAUUUGUUAUUUCGACAAUUUCAGUACCAGUCGUAGUCAUUGUGCAUGGUAAUCAGAAGAUACAUGCUUUGUCAACAAUCAUUUGGGAUAAUGCAUUUUCGGAAGUGAAACGUAUACCAUUCAAUGUGCCGACUGAAGUCAAACUUGGAGAAUUGGCUCAGGUUUUAAGUCGUCAGUUCUAUGAUCACACACGAAGACAUUUAAGCGAAGAUAAUAUGCAUUUUCUUGCUGAAAAAAUUUCUGGUCAUGAAGUUGAUAAGCAAAAUUUUUUUAACAUCAUGGUGCCAUGGACAAAAUUUUCUAAAGAUUUGUUACCAGAACAGAAUUUUACGUUUUGGGAUUGGUUUUACAACAUAUUGCAAUUGACACGUGAGCAUUUGGCUGAACUUUGGGCUGACGGAUUGAUCAUUGGCUUUCUGACAAGACAACGUGCAGAAAUGUUAUUGAUGACCAAAGCACCAGGUACAUUUUUACUCCGAUUCUCCGAUACACAAUUGGGCGGCAUCAGUGUAGCUUAUCGAAAUAUUCAUAAUAAAGUUGAAUGUCUUGUACCAUUCGUCAGUAAUGAUCUUAAAAUUCGAAAAUUGGCAGAUCGUUUAAAUGAUUUUAAUCAAUUUGUCUAUCUAUUUCCGGAAAUACCGAAAGAUACCGCUUUUUCGAAAUACUAUACAAAAAUUGAGAAUCAAGCAUCAAAUGGCUAUGUAUUCACACAAUUGAAGAAUUGCAUUCCUAGCGAAACCGAUAAAGAAUCGGGCAAUUAUGAAAGCAUGAAUGAUCCACAUUCUGUUAAUAAUAUUAUCAAUGAUACAGCAUUGGGUACAAGUUUUAAUGAAAUUGGAUCAAUGACCAACAUGUCGUUCGAUACAAACAUGUCAACCUCAUAUGAAUGGAAUCGUAAUCCAAAUGAAUCCAUGACAAAUGACGAGUUUAAUUAUAUUCCUAUUGAUACGAUAUAAAUGUUGAAUCCUGUGCAAACCGUUAUUAAAAAAUGAUACCCACAUCGACCGGAUCAAAAAAAAA